AUGUCGUCUAGUGGUCCUAUCCGCCGUAAACUCGUGAUCGUUGGAGAUGGCGCCUGCGGCAAAACAAGUCUGCUAUGUGUCUUUGCCAUGGGAGAGUUUCCAAAGGAAUAUGAACCAACCAUCUUUGAAAACUAUGUAGCUGAAAUCAGGCUCGACGGAAAACCCGUCCAGCUGGCCCUCUGGGAUACUGCCGGUCAAGAAGAAUAUGAACGCCUUCGCCCGCUCUCAUAUGCCAAGGCGCACGUCAUCUUGAUUGCAUUCUCGAUCGACACGCCUGAUUCGUUGGAUAAUGUUUCCGUCAAGUGGAUCGAGGAGGUACGAAACAUCUGUGGCCCACAGACGCCCGUCAUUCUCGUCGGGUGCAAGGCCGAUUUGCGUCCUGCGUCUGGGUCGAGUGCGGAUGGAAAGCAGUAUGUGACUAAACAGAGGGCAGAAGCGAUUGCGCAGGAGAUUGGCGCAAGAGCGUACAAGGAGUGCUCGGCACUUAAUAACCAAGGAGUCGACGACGUAUUCGAGGCAGCCACGCGGGCCAGCAUGAUCGUGCGCGAAGUCAAGUCCGAGGCAGGGGAAGAGCACAGCGGAGGGUGCGGUUGCGUCUUGUGCUAA